AUGGAAUCAAAUGAGAAUCAAACAGGUGGGGAGCAAUCUGAGAAAUCGGAUUCAAGUAGCAGUUGGGAGCAAUCUGAGAAAUCGGAUUCAAGUGGCAGCGGGGAGCAAUCAGACUCAAAUGCAACUCCAACUUCAACUGAGAACGGGGAUGGAACAAAUGGAGAUUCCACAAGCUCUGCAAGAAACUCUGAAUCUAUUGAAUCAAAUGGACAGACUGAAAACUCCAAUGCAUGGACCAGAUCAGACAGCAAUCCAAAUGCUGUUCAGAGUGAAGAAUCAAACAAGAAUUCUGGAGGAGAGGGGACACAAGAAAAUAUUCUGUCGCUAAACACGAAUGAGAACUCAAAUGCUAGUGAGAACAAAGAUGGCGAAACAUCCUCAAACACUGAUGAUAAUGCUGCUUCAGGUCAGAAUGGAAACGAUAGUGGCAAUAUGAACAAUGAUGGAAAUGCAAAUGGGAAUGGCAGCAGCACCGACAAUCAGAGCAAUGCAACAGACAAUGCAGCUUCAGAUGUUACUCAAAAGGACAACAAUUUGAAUGAAAAUGAACAUGCUGCUCAGAGCAACACCGAAAACAAUGAAAAUGCAGUUCAGAAUGAGAACAAUGCCACUCAGAGCAACACAGACAAUAAUGAAAAUGCAACUGCAGAUGUUACUCAAAAGGACAACAAUUUGAAUGAAAACGCUGCUCAGAGCAACACCGAAAACAAUAACAAUGCAGGUCAGAACGAGAACAAGGCCACUCAGAGCAACACCGGAAGCAAUGACAAUGAAGGUCAGGAUGAGAACAAGGCCACUCAAAGCAACACCGGAAGCAAUGACAAUGCAGGUCAGGAUGAGAACAUGGCCACUCAAAGCAACACCGAAAGCAAUGAAAAUGCAGGUCAGAAUGAGAAUAAGACCACUCAGAGCUACACCGACGGCAAUGACAAUGCAGGUCAGAACGAGAACAAGGCCACUCAGAGCAACACUGAUGGCAAUGAUAAUGCAGGUCAUAACGAGAACAAGGCCACUCAGAGCAACAGCAACAGCAAUAACAAUGCAGGUCAGAACGAGAACAAGGUCACUCAAACCAACACUGACAACAAUGAAAAUGUAGGCCAGAAUGAGAAUAAUGCUUCUCAGAGCUACGACGCCAAUAACAACAAUGAAAAUACAAGUCAAUAUGAGAACAAGGAUGCCGUUCAGAGCCAUACCAACAGCGAUGAAAGCUCAAAUCAGAAUGAUAACAACAAUGGCAUUCAGAGCUUCAAUGACAGCAAUGGAAAUUCUAAUUACGAUGCAAAUUCAGUGCAAAACAAAUCAGUGGAUUCUUCAAAUUCAAAUGGAAACACAGAUGCAAGCCAGAGUAAUCCCGAUGGUUCUUCCAAUGCUUCAACGACUCUAGAAGUGAAAGAAGCUCAAACAGGUUUGGGAACUCUGCCAGAUGCCUCGAAUGAGGGAAAUAACAGUGGGAAUGCAGCUGUAGAAUGA